AUGUACUGUCUGGAUAAUUCGAUCGUGGAGGCCACUGCCUGCGCCGUGGGUCCCGAUGAUUCCUGCACCUUCUGCGAAUUGGUGUGCACGGAUGCCGAUGGCAACACCGUUCUGGACGAAUGCACGGACUACUUCAUCACCUGCGACGAGGGAAUCCGCAAAGGACCCUACCCCGUUCCUCCUUCCAAGCAAUGCUACAUGGGCGAGAUCGUCGAUCCUGGCAAAUGUCCCGCGCGACCCACUCCCUGCAUCAACUGUCCCACCGGCCCCACCGGUCCCACGGGUCCCACUGGACCGCAAGGACUUCGUGGAGACACCGGAAUGGCAGGACCUUCCGGAGCGCCCGGAAUCACGGGACCGACGGGUCCAACGGGUCCCACCGGCGCCACCGGUCCGCAGGGAAGACAAGGCAAGCGAGGCGCUAUGGGCGUGGAGGGAGCGGUCGGCGUGGACGGUCCGACGGGUCCGACGGGUCCUACCGGUCCGCAGGGAAGACAAGGAGAUCAAGGUCCUCGCGGUCCGCAGGGCGCACAAGGUCCGCAGGGCGUGACGGGAGUGCCCGGCGUGACGGGACCGCAGGGAGCCACCGGACUGACCGGAGAAACGGGUCCACAGGGAGCUCAAGGCGCUACCGGUCCCACCGGUCCCACGGGACCCACGGGACCCACCGGAGAGACAGGCGCCACGGGACCUGCGGGCGCCACGGGUAUUCGAGGCGUGACUGGAAUAACUGGAAUUACGGGUGCGACGGGAGCAACCGGAGCGACCGGAGCGACGGGCCCUACGGGACCUACGGGACCCACUGGUCCCACCGGACCCACGGGACCGACCCCAGAGCUGCCACUUUCCUAUGAUUCUGUUCUGACCGAGAUUCAGGCUUUCAACGGAUUCUAUAUCACGGCCAUUUAUGACUCUACGAACUCGCGGCUACAACUCACCGGCGCGUUAGCACAACCUGUGGAAAACUUCACGGUUGACAAGUAA